AUACAACAUUAACGUAGCUAAUAGAAAAGAUAAAAGAUUGACUUAUAAACCGAUAUAAUAGGUUUUAUAGCAAGUUCAUCUAUUAGUAAUCUUAAGAGAGAUGAGUAGAAUAAAAAACGUUAAUAAUCACAUAAGACCUAAGGAGAGAAGGUUAAUUAAUCAAUUAGCAAGCCUGAUUAGAAAAGAAAAUAUUAAAGAAAAAUAUAUUGCACGUUAAAACUGAUAUUUGUGUGUUAGAAUUUUUAUUUGGUAAUGACAGAAGGAAUAAAGCUUGUUGAAGAUAAUCACAUGGAACGGUUUGAGAAAGCAAUGAAGAAACUAAAAGACGAAUUGAGAAACCUCCAAAAAGUUGAUCAAGAAUUGCUAAGUCGUUUUCUGGAUAUCAAUGAAAACAUUCAUCGCUUAAAGGCGGAAACAACCUUGGAAUGGCAAAUAAAGCGUGAAAGAGAAGCAUUUCGUGAUCAGGUACAUGAGGACAGCUUUCUACGCAUGAAAAAACAAAAUGAAAGCGUAAAAGAUACAGAACAUACAGAGCAUAUAGGUACUGGAAAAUUUAUGGUUUUUGACAAUGAGAAGUUAAAUCAGUCACGCGGAGUUUUACUUGCAAAGACAAGAAAACUAAGAGAGGAGAAACUUGCGAAAGAUGGUGGUAGAAAGACAUCAGUUAAGCAAGCAAGUACACCUCACUCUCCAUCUUAUUUUACAUUACAUGAACAUGCUAGUGAUAACACAUAUGAAACAAAAACACCGCGUAGAAGACACAACAACAAUGAUAGGCCCAAUGUGUAUGAUGAAGACUACUGGAAAUCUCGUUUAGGCAAUUACGCCGAACGGUUUAAUGACAAAAGUAAAGUUGAGCCUUCACCAUCAACCAUAUCACGCCCACUCACACCACAAGCGAAAAACAGCCUAUUACCUGAACAAUUAUAUAGUAACUUGCCCGUAAGAAACCAACGCACAAAUUCAAAGCGUAGAGUUCGAUUCGCGUUAGAAAAUAUUGACGAAUUAAAUGAAGAAGGGUGCGAUCAUAACAAUAAUUUUAUCGACAAUAAAGAUCAACAUGCCAAUAAAAAGGAGGAGAGUGAUAAAAGCACAACAAAUGGAAAUAUGAAAUCAUGCUUAAAAAAGUUCAAGGUGAAAAAUCCGUAUUUAAGUUGGGGAACACUUAAUCACUCUUCAUCCAAUCAAAGGAAGUCAAGGUCCUACGAUGAUCUUCUUCUAAAUAAUCCCGCGCUUCUUCGCAGAAUUUCCAAUGAAAUAGAGACAACCAUUUCAUGGAGUACCAACGAACCAGUUCUCCGUCGCAGCGCUUCUUUUAAUGUCAACCACACAGGGAGGGAUGAUUUUAGAAGACAUAGUUAUAACGAAGAAAUAUCACAUUACACAGAUUACGAUGAUUUUCCAAGGUCCCAAAGUUUAGUAUCGUUGGUUUGAACUAAAGUUCACUUGUUCGCAAACCUUGUUUCCAGUGCCUUUUGUCUCGAAAUGGUCCAGCGUGCCUAGAUUCUAGAUUGCUUACUUGUAGCAUUUUUUCAUUUUCCUUUUCCUGUUUUUAAGUUUAAGUUUGAUCUGGUAGGGUCUGCUUGUUGAUUUCUAUGUCACUUAACUUUCUGACCGGUUCAAAUAAAUAUUAAAAAAAUACUUUUCUUUUUACCCUAAUGAGUGCAAUAUUCAUUUGCAUAAAGAAAAAAAUCAAACGCUGAUAUAUACUUGUAUGAGAUUUACAAAAAAUGGUUUCUUUUAAAAAUAUUUAAUAACAUAUUUGCGCCAUUUGGCAAAAUAUAUAUCCGCGAAACGUAUUUUUUUUAACCCACGAAAAAAAUGAAACCGUCCCCAUCUCGAACAAGAAUUCUGCUCCACCUAAGUUUGGGACGAAAAGUCAAUCAGACUUCAGAUAUUCUAAAUAAAAUGUAGUGGAAUUUGCUAAUUAUGCGUUUAAUAUUUUUUACUAAUUAUGCGCAUAUUUUUAUUUUUGCAAAAAUUUUAGACGCUAGGUUGCAAAUUAUAGAUUUCAUGAAAAAAAUUGAAUA